UGGGCGCUGCCGGGCAGGCGGACAUUGGCAAGGGGGUGCUGCUGGGCGACAAGGCAGGCGUGUAGCCGCCGCCGCCGCCGCCGCCGCCGCGAGGACCAGGAGGAGCCGCGGGGCCAUUGUCCGGGCAGCGGCUGGGCUGGAGGGGCAGCCCCCCCCGCCCCUUUUGCAAGACCCCCGCCCCUUUUGCAAGACCCCCGCCCCUUUGCAAGACCCCCGCCCUUGCAAAAGUGCCCCCCGCCUCCAGCCUCGGCGCCCCUGCAAAGCCGGACUCGGUGCAAACUUGACUCUUGCAGGAGGAUGCUGGGGGCAGCCCAGUGAGAGCAGGAGGAGGAGGAGGAGGAGGAGGAGGAGGAGAAGUUUGGCGGGGAGGGUCCAGCCCUGCCUCGCCCCCCCCCCUCCCCAAAGUCCAGCCCUGCCUCCCUCCUUCCCUCCCCGCUGCCCGCCCGCCCUGCCUCCAGCCAGCCAGCCAGCCAGCCUGCCUCGGUCCUCCUCCUCCUCCUCCUCCUCCUCCGGGGACGGGAAGGAAACAAGAUGUCUGCCCGGGCUGCAGCUGCUUCCAGCAAGAGCACAACAAUGGAAGAAACAGCGAUAUGGGAACAACACACAGUGACGCUUCACAGGGGCGAGAGGGGGAAGCCACCAACUGGCCCCCGUAGCCCCCGUUUCUCUGCAACGACUAGGUCAAACACGCUGUCUCCAUGCUUCAGUAGCUUCCUAGCUGGAAACCGGCUGGAAACCGGCAUGCUUGGACUUCCUGUAUCAACACAAGAGGGGAAGCACGCUAAAAAAAUUGUCCUGAGCCACAUUUUGUCUGUGCUGUUGGUUGUACUACGGCUAGAUUCAUGUCUGGUAGCAUCUUACAGACUGAAUUAUUUCCUCAACUUUAAAUGGGGUGUGUGUAUAUGUGUGUCCGUGUUUUCUGGUUUCAGUCUCCGGAGCAGGGACGACGAGAGAAUAGCAAAGCCGGGGGCGGUCUCCACGCCCGUGAAGAACGCGGAGGACCUCCCCCUUUCAAAAUCCUUGGAAGAAUCUGUAGUGGAAAGGAACGAAAAACAAACCCCACCUCUUCCAGAACCAAAGCCUGUCUAUGCUCAGCCUGGACAGCCAGAUGUGGACUUGCCGGUCAGUCCGUCCGAUGGCCCUCUACCAAACUCAACCCACGAGGACGGCGUGCUGCGGCCAAGCAUGAAGCUUGUAAAAUUCAAAAAAGGGGACAGCGUCGGCUUGCGCUUGGCUGGCGGCAACGACGUUGGGAUCUUCGUAGCCGGCGUUCUUGAAGACAGCCCUGCUGCUAAAGAGGGCUUGGAAGAAGGGGAUCAGAUUCUCAGGGUAAAUAACGUCGACUUCACCAAUAUAAUCCGGGAGGAAGCCGUGCUGUUCCUGCUUGACCUCCCCAAAGGGGAAGAGGUAACAAUCUUGGCACAGAAGAAAAAGGACGUUUAUCGACGCAUUGUGGAGUCGGACGUGGGAGAUUCUUUCUACAUUAGAACUCACUUUGAAUACGAAAAAGAAUCUCCCUACGGGCUGAGCUUCAACAAAGGAGAGGUGUUCCGGGUGGUGGAUACGCUGUACAACGGCAAGCUCGGCUCCUGGCUGGCUAUUCGGAUAGGCAAGAAUCACAAAGAGGUGGAAAGAGGCAUCAUUCCCAACAAAAACAGAGCGGAGCAGCUAGCGAGCGUUCAGUACACGCUUCCAAAGACGGCCGGCGGGGACCGCGCCGAUUUCUGGAGGUUCAGAGGCCUGCGCAGUUCCAAGAGAAAUCUCCGGAAAAGCAGAGAGGAUCUUUCUGCCCAGCCGGUGCAGACCAAGUUCCCUGCCUACGAGAGAGUCGUCCUUCGAGAAGCUGGAUUUCUCAGGCCGGUGACCAUCUUUGGACCAAUUGCAGAUGUGGCGCGGGAGAAGCUGGCGAGAGAAGAACCCGACGUCUACCAGAUUGCGAAAAGCGAACCGAGGGAUGCCGGGACGGACCAACGUAGUUCUGGCAUUAUCCGCCUUCAUACAAUAAAACAGAUAAUUGACCGAGACAAACACGCCUUGUUAGACGUCACUCCCAACGCGGUGGACCGUUUGAAUUACGCACAGUGGUAUCCCAUCGUGGUGUUCUUGAACCCGGAUUCCAAGCAGGGCGUCAAGACCAUGAGAAUGAGGCUAUGUCCCGAAUCCCGGAAAAGUGCCAGAAAACUAUACGAGCGGGCCCACAAGCUACGGAAAAACAACCAUCACCUCUUCACAGCUACGAUUAACUUGAAUUCCAUGAAUGACGGCUGGUAUGGUGCUCUCAAGGAAGCCGUGCAGCAGCAGCAGAAUCAGCUAGUGUGGGUUUCGGAAGGAAAGGCAGACGGGGCUACAAGCGACGACCUCGACCUCCACGACGACCGCCUGUCCUACCUGUCAGCUCCGGGCAGCGAGUACUCCAUGUACAGCACAGACAGUCGGCAUACUUCUGACUACGAGGACACCGACACAGAGGGCGGGGCCUACACCGACCAGGAGCUAGACGAGACGCUCAACGACGAGGCGGGGACUCCUCCUGAAUCGGCCAUCACGCGGUCCUCCGAACCUGUCAGAGAAGACACGUCGGGAAUGCACCACGAGAACCCCACGUACCCUCCGUUCUUACCGCCCGCUCAGCCGCAACCGAAUCACCGGAUAGAGUCCCCUGGGUUUAAGGCGGCCGUCGCUCAGCCGAAAACGGAAGCCUUCCCUCCAGCCCCCUACCUUUCCCCGUCGCCAGAAUCGAACCCCGUGGCUUCCUCAACUUCUGCAGUCCGCCCCAGUCUGAGCCUCACUAAUGUCAGACUGGAGGAGCCGGGCUUGGCUCCGUACAACUCUUUCCAGUCGCAAGCCGGCCCUCUCAGAACGCCCAGCACUGAGGUGCCGCAUUUAAUGCUCAGAGAUCCAGACCUGCCGUCCAUGCCACCGCACAUAGACCCAGCAAAGAUGUACAGGAAAGAUCCCUACAUCAACGAAGAGCCGUACCUCAAUGAGGACCCACCUCGCCAGAACUACGGCUUGAAGCCGCCAGCUCACGGCCACUUGACCCAAAGGCCGGAGAAGGAAUCCAACCUGACCUACGAGCCGCAAGGCCAGUACCCAGACAAACAGCCCAGCAGAGAUUACGAGCCCUUGGCAUACAGGUAUGAAUCCACAAACUACGUGGAUCAGCUCCCUCGCGGCUACGACCCCCGUCUUCACUACGAGGAAAGCGUGCCUCCGUACGACGACCACUGGACCUAUUACGACGAGAAGCAGCCCUACCAGCCGAGACCACCUUACGACAACCAACCUUCGAGAGACUUUGAUCCCCGGCAAAACGCAGAAGAGAGCACAGACCGCAGAUCCUAUUUCUCAGCACAACCUCGCUUCGAAGAGCCGCCUCCCGUAGCGGCGUACGACAGCAGGUCUCGCUAUGAGCACGGCUCUAAAAACUUUGGCCUCUCGCAGCUGAGAUACGAGGAGCAGCCCGCUGCUGGUUACGAGGUUCACGGUAGAUACAAAGCAGAGACUCCAGCCUACGCCUCCACGGUGCCCAGGUCGCCUGAACCCAAGCAUUACUUUGAGUCGCAGCCCAGAGGCUACGAGCCGGGCCUGCCGCAAGUGUUCCCCACUAAACUCGGACAGUACGAACCUUCCCACAACGCCACCGGGGCGCAUCCUCCCCUUCCGCCGCAAAGCAAACCAGAAGUUCUGCCUUCCAACAGUAAACCACUGCCUACCCAACCAGCGGAAGAAGACGAGGACCCGGCCAUGAAGCCGCAGUCUGUGCUCACGAGGGUUAAAAUGUUUGAAAACAAAAGGUCGUCGUCGCUGGAAAAAAUAAAGGACUCGAACGAUGCGCCAGUAACCAAGCAGCCGCCGGAGCUCGCGCCCAAACCUAACAUCAUCCCAGCGAGUGUUCCAAAGCCUGUCACUCAAAAUCAGUACGAACACGACAAACCAGCGUACAGGGCCCCAGAACUGCAGAGACCUCAAACGAAGCCCCCCGAGGACAUCGUCCGGGCGAACCACUACGACCCCGAGGAGGACGAGGAGUACUAUCGCAAGCAGCUCUCCUACUUCGACCGCCGGAGCUACGAGAACAAGCCGGCCGGGCCGCAAGUUCCUGCCAGCCACCACCCGGAACCUGCAAAGCCGGUCGCUCUCCACAACCAACUGAACUACACCAACUACUCUUCCAAGGGGAAGUCAAUAGACGUGGAACCUUUGGAGAGGGGCGUGGCUGAGAAGCGCUAUGAGCCGGUCCCGCAAGUGACUCCGCCUCCUCCGGCGCCCCCAGUGCAAUACACCCAACCUCAGUCCAUCAACAACCCAAUCGUGUCCCUCCAGCCCCAGCCUGCACUUCCGGAAGGUAGGAGGACCCUGUGUCUUUUUAGAACUCACUAA